AUGCUCCCGCUCAGCAACACGGACUCGCGAGGCCCUUCUCCUAUAACAUGUGGUCGCCGACCAUCUAUCUUUGCGCAACCCCGACGACCUCCGGUCUCAUCGACUCGCCUUCCUCCCCUCUCCUCGCUCUCCCUUCCUGGUUCUCCCUCCGCGCAAGCCCUCUCCUCUUUCCCCUCCCAAGACGGAUUCGGCUCGCCCCCACUCCCACGGCCUAUACCGCCCCUCCUGCACCCACAGCCCGUCCGCCCCGUCAACGUCGAACACUCCCCUCUGCUCGCCGGAGCCUCGUCGCCUCCACCCACGCAAGACAGCUCACGCAUAGCACCAGCCGACGUCUACGCCCAUGCAUACCGGCUCCUAAGGGAACGGUGGGCUGGAGCAGGGAGCGAGGUGAGGGAGGCGGCGGAGCAGGCUAAGGAGGUCUUGCGGGCGCAGGAGGAGCGGAAGCGGCGGGCUUCGCACGAGCAGGACGAGGAGGACAUUCAACGCGGUGCGAAGCGGGUCAAGCACAGGCGCGCAUCGGGAAUGGUCGCGCCUGUCACAGAGGAAGUCGAGUUCUUCGAUAACGUUCCGCCUUCGCUCUCCUCCUCAGCUUCGGCAAUCGAUACCGAUGUCGACCUCGUCGGCAUCCCUCGGACCACGUCUCUUCCGCCGCUCGCAACCGUCUUUGCGACCGAAUUGUCGUUGCUGCCACAGGCGACGACCGCCUCUCCGCGCACUUCGCCCACGCUCCUCAAGCGCAAGCGGUCCGUCUCGAUGCCUCCGCCACCCCUCACCGUAUCCGCCUACGCCCGUCGCCCGCGCACUUCACUUCCCUCCCUCGCCGAACCGAACUCCGCUUCGACCUCCCUCCCUCCCCUCUCUGCCGUCGCCCCCCUCGCGCCUCUCGUCACCCUCCCAACCUCCCGCUCGCUCCUUUCCUUCUCCACCGCCUCAUCAGCGCGCUCGCAAGCCCUCUCGCAAGUGGUCAACCUCUUCGAAGCUGCGCGGGCGAGUCGAGCAGAGGGGUUUAGGCGGUUCGGGGAGGGCGUCGAGGAGCGCAGGAGGAAGAGUAUGGAGGGGACGAGCCCGAGGUUGCCGUCGGUGUUUGAGCGGUGGCAGUAG